ACAUAACCUGGCCCUAAAAACAUAACCUAAACAGAACCUGGCCCCUGCCGCUCUCACACACACAGACAGACAAACACAUACACGUAUUUGGUGCGUGUAGUAAUUCCGGCGAGCAACCAUGGGGCCUAAUACCGGAAGCAGCCAAGCUCUUCUCGAUAUAGAAAACAAUACUCACAAUUCCGAAUCAGCACUUCUUGUAUGCAAAAGUGGUGAUGAUCGUCUGUUGAAAAAGCUCGAAGCCGCGAAAGCAAAAGCAAGCUCACUUCCUCUUACCAAACCUACUAUUUCCGCACCUCCUCCUAGCCAAGUUAUGGGAAAACUGAAAGACUUUCUAGGAGUCAUGGCAGAGUCGAACAAAAAGUUGCUGCAAAACCCGCUGAACUAUGAUAUUGAGGCUCUCACCGGGGAUGAAUCUGAGUAUAUCGAAAUGGAUCUAAUGCUAGGUGUUGCUGAUCUAAACACCCCUGGGGCUGUUGCUGCUGCUGAAUUAGCGCUUGCUGGUUCUCAGCCAGUCAUCUCUCUGGAUGCUAGUAGCAGUGACUCCGACUCGGAAGAUAGCAGUGAAGAUGACAAUGAUGAUAGUUGUAAUGACUUAGAAGACGAUACCAAUGGUGAAAUUAACACGGGUACCUGCUCCCCUUUGAAGUCAAAAAGUCAAACUCUUAAUGAGAAACCGACAAAUGCAGUGCCUGAUAAAAGUCAAAAAAGGAAACGAUCAAAGAUCGUUGAGCUUUCAUAAUUUGUAUCUAUUUAGACUGCAAGAAAGCACGACAAUUACUUGUAGCAUAUGUAUGAAAUAUUACCUUCGGGUUUAAACAGUUUUCUUAAUGUCUAUUUAUCUUAACUGCUUUGUUAUUUUCUA